UGGGCAGCACUGACUGCAUGUAACGUGCCCGUAAUAAAUUUGUGUAUACAUAUAUUUAUUUAUUUAUAUACGAUAAAUGUAUAUAAAUGUGUAGGACAGCAACCAAAAACACAUCUGUGUGUUGAAAAUCAUCCAAUUUCCUGUUCUGUCAGACGAAACUCGAUAAUUCUAACCUCAACUGAACAUAGAAUUUAAAUUUAAAAACAGGUAUCGACAGUAGUGCAACAAAAAUAGUUAAGCCAAACAGUGUUGGGGGCUCACGCGCUUUUCCAUGUCAACGACACGCGCUUUUCUUUCAAGGCCAGCGUGCUUCUCCCCUCGUGAAAAAAAUAAUUCUCCACACUCAUUUAACCAACAGUUUAAACAACCUCGACGUCAUCACCUGGGCACAAGUAUUAAAUCUGUUGAAAAGUUAUAUUUUAUUAACAAAAAUAAAACCAGCGGUGGAGGUUACGGGCGUCGACAGCUGCAUCUGCACCAACACCAACGACAAUUAACGGAGUUUAAUUUAUCAAAUUAUCCGAGUCCGAGGCACACGUCGGACUGAGAUGAGCGACCAUGGCUGCAUACACUUGAAUAAUUUCAAAGCUGCUAAAGGAAUUCAACCCUACAAAGUAAUACAUUCAUACUUUGUAACCAGUACCUCAGCAGAGGCGCGUAUUAGAAAGGCUGUAAGCUGUUUGUGUCAUACCUGUAAAUCAUACAAAGAUCGUCUUCACUCCUGUUUGCACUGUAUAUUUUUUGGCUGCUAUGUCAAAGGACACAUACAAGAACAUGCGAAAACGAAAAAACAUUUUUUAGCUGUUGACUUAUGCUACGGUAAUAUAUUGUGCUUCCAAUGCGGCGAUUAUGUGUACGACCGUGAGCUGCUGACUGUCGCUAAAGCACAAUGGAGCGAGUCAGCAAAAUCAUUGUGUUUAGGAGAAUUUUAUCGAGCUUGGGAACCGACACAAGUGGAAGCCGAUUUACUCAGAAAACAUCCAAGACGGCGACGUGUUGUAGAAAAUUCAACGAUUGGUCUGAGAGGUCUGAUAAAUUUAGGGAGUACGUGUUUCAUGAACUGUAUCGUUCAAGCAUUGACUCAUACUCCAUUGUUGCGGGAUUAUUUUCUCGCGGAUCGUCAUCACUGCCCGCAGCCAAGCCGCUGUUUGGUUUGUGAAGUUUCUCACUUGUUUCAAGAAUUUUACUCCGGAAGUAAAGCGCCCCUGACACUACACAAACUCUUGCACCUGAUAUGGACUCACGCGAGACAUCUGGCUGGUUAUGAACAACAAGAUGCUCAUGAAUUUUUCAUCGCCACUCUGGAUGUCUUGCAUCGUCACUGCGAAGCUGCUCCAAUUCUUGUCAAGGACAAUCCUCAUCAUUGUAACUGUAUUAUUGAUCAGAUAUUCACCGGUGGAUUGCAGAGUGACGUCGUGUGUCAGUCUUGCAAUGGAGUCUCGACGACAAUUGAUCCAUUCUGGGACAUAUCUCUAGAUUUAGGUCCUACUGCUGGUGCCUCCGGUUCAGAUACGAACGGACCGCCCACAUCUUUGCUCGACUGCUUGGAACGAUUUACCCGUGCUGAGCAUUUGGGUUCGAGUGCUAAAAUAAAAUGUAGCAAGUGUCAAACUUAUCAAGAAAGUACCAAACAACUGACGAUGAAACAACUGCCGAUCGUUGCCAGUUUUCAUCUCAAGCGUUUCGAACACUCCAGUAUUCAGGAUAAAAAAAUUUCAACUUUUAUUUCAUUUCCGGAGCAACUUGACAUGACGCCUUUUAUGUCGCACCGACGUAACGGCAACAACAAUAGCGCUGAUAUUGAAAAAAUAAUUAAGAAUGGUGAGGAUACGGCAUUCAGUGAUAAUAGAUAUUCAUUGUUUGCGGUUAUUAACCAUGAAGGAUCUUUGGAGACUGGUCACUACACGGCUUUCAUUAGACAGCAACGUGAUCAGUGGUUUAAAUGUGAUGACCAUUUGAUCACUAGAGCGAGGCUUAAAGAUGUUUUAACAAGUGAAGGAUAUCUAUUGUUUUAUCACAAACAAAUUCUUGAGUACAGCCGUAGAAAUAAAGUAUGAAGAAUUGAUCAUUGUAUAAUUAAUUUAUUUAUUUUGUUUGUAAUAUUGAUACUUUUUUUUUUUUUUUUUUUUUUUUCUCGUUUUGCUGUUACUGUGAGAUAGUUUCAUUAAUUGAUUGCGAUAAUUGCUUAUUCGCUGUACUGAUUUACUGCUGAUGAUGAUGAAAAAAAAAUAAUUUUUUUUAAUAUUUACAAGAAAUGCAAAGUUGUGUUUCAAAUAAUUAUGUAAUUUGACAUAAAAAACGCGGAGAAAAAGAUUCGUAUUUAAUUACGAAUGUUAAUAUUCAAAUAUAAAAUCCCGUUAUAUUUAUAAAUAUAUAUGGAAAUAUAUAUGUAAUUACCGGAUACUUGAUGAUUAUUUUAAUGUUUAAAUAACAAAGGAAUACAAUUAAAUGUAUACUGUAAGUUUACUGAGGAAUUACUUACGCGAAUUUAAAUGAUUGAUCCAUAGGUGUAAGGUUAGCUCAAUUUUUUAAAAACAACCCUAUCUUUUAUAAAUCAUCGACUGUUAAUCUAAUUGUCGAGAACGAUAAUUAAUGUCUAAAUAAUUGAUUAAAUUUUCCUUCCCUUUGCCAUUAUAAAUUACAUAUUGAUCUAGCGAAGAUUAAUUUCGCACGUUAAAAAUAAUAAUUAUUUAUUUAUUUACAAUUAAAGACUGCAGGUACAAUAAUGAGUAAUGAAUAAUGAUAAUAAAUAGCGGCAAAGCGGUGAUUGAUAAAAAUCUGUGUUUGUCACAGAUGAAUUUUUUUUAUCUGUCAGAUAAGCUGUGUUUGCUAUCUUUGGUCUGAUCAUUUUUGUACAAAUGAAAUAAUUGAAAAAGAAAAAAAAAACUAAUUACGACAUGAAUUAAAUAGUAAACAUUUAUAUUUUAUUUUUAAUGCGAUGUAGUUCG